AUGUUCGACCAACUGUUGCCGGGGAUCAUUUUUGCCAGCCUCAGCAGCAUUGGCAUCUGGCAUUCUGUUCCGUUGACCGGAAUCACCCCUUCCAACUCUUUCUUUUGGCGCAGUCUUAACUCCCUGGAAAUUGCGUAUUCCAUUCACAGCCUGCAAAAAGUUCACCUUUUCGUAUUCCCCAAUAGCGACGCAAUCUCAGAAUACGACCUCCUUCUGCAACUUUCGCUCGAUGCUCAACACUACGAGAAUGCCAGGCUGGCCCUGGAAGACUCGGCUGAUGCAGUAUCGCUACACAUAAACAUCCCAGGAGUUACAACGCCAAUGUUAGACCCGGGAGUCUUGGGUGCCACCCCAAUGCCAGCCUCAUUCUAUUUGAACGACAGCAGUAACAAAGACCUGCAACAGUACAACCCAGCCCAGAGUGACACACUGUAUUUCACGGUCAUGGCUACUCUCAUCUUGGCUAUUCUUACAAUGCAAAUGAUGGGCUUUUGGAUGACGAAUGGCAUCAAGCAGCAUGUUGAAGACCUGCAAUACGAUUAUGUUGACCGAAUGAGCGGCGUGCAACAACAAUUCGGCACCUUGAUGAUGGAAAUCCGAGAGUUUCGAAGAGAAAAUGAACAAGUACGGCCUAUUUUUGUUCACCUGGCCGAGGCCAUCACAAACUCCGCGGCCGACCUCCAACAUUGUUUGUUGCAUGUUGUUGGUACGAUGGAAAACAAAUACACCUCUGGGAUGAUUGAUAUCGAGUCCAAAUUGGACGAGGUCAGUAGCCAGCACCAGAAUCUGAUGAGAAAUACUGAAAGUUUCCCUCAGAUUCCGAGACAGCUAGCUUGGCUUAACAUACUGAUGGCGAAGAACAUCUCCAACAACCUACCCGAAGGAUUGGACAAGUCCAAUUUAGAUUUCAGCAAGAGCCCUACCCCCGAGCAGAUGAACGGAUCUUCCAACCACAACACCGCAGGGGAAUCCAACGGAAGCUCCAACUUCGACAGAGGUCUGGGGGUUAAGAAUGGAAAGGGAGGAUUGUUUCAACGCAAUGGUCAGGAGUUCGAGUUGACCUAG